GGCCACGAGCAGGAAGUGGGAUAGAGGCGGCGUGAGGCGGGCUGGCGAGCGGGCUGCAGUCGCUACUUUUGCCUAGUCUACACCGCCACCGGGGAGAUGGAGGGGCCGGGUCUGGGAUCUCAGUGCAGGAAUCACAGCCAUGGCCCCCACCCUCCGGGAUUUGGUCGACAUGGGGUGUGUGCUCACGAACACAAAGAACUUGCCAAGGCCAGAGAAGCUCUUCCUCUUAUAGAGGACUCUAGUAACUGUGACAUUGUAAAAGCUACUCAAUACGGGAUUUUCGAACGCUGUAAAGAGUUGGUAGAAGCAGGAUAUGAUGUCAGGCAACCAGACAAAGAAAAUGUGUCGCUUCUUCAUUGGGCUGCUAUUAACAACAGGCUGGAUCUUGUAAAGUUUUAUAUUUCAAAAGGUGCUGUGGUAGAUCAGUUAGGUGGAGAUUUAAAAUCAACUCCUCUUCACUGGGCCAUCAGACAAGGGCAUUUACCUAUGGUCAUAUUAUUACUACAGUAUGGUGCAGACCCCACUCUCAUCGAUGGAGAGGGAUUCAGCAGCAUCCACUUGGCAGUAUUAUUUCAACACAUGCCAAUCAUAGCAUAUCUCAUCUCCAAAGGACAGAGUGUGAAUAUGACAGAUUUAAAUGGGCAGACACCUCUUAUGUUAUCAGCUCACAAAGUACUUGGGCCAGAACCAACUGGAUUUCUUUUAAAGUUUAAUCCUUCUCUCAAUGUGGUUGAUAAAAUACACCAAAACACUCCACUUCACUGGGCAGUUGCAGCAGGAAAUGUUAAUGCAGUAGAUAAACUUUUGGAAGCUGGUUCUAGCCUGGAUAUCCGAAAUGUUAAGGGAGAAACACCUCUUGACAUGGCUCUACAAAACAAAAAUCGGCUCAUUAUUCAUAUGCUAAAAACAGAAGCUAAAAUGAGAGCCAACAAAAAAUUCAGACUUUGGAGGUGGCUGCAGAAAUGCGAGCUCUUCCUGCUGCUGAUGGUUUCUGUGGUUACCAUGUGGGCUGUUGGAUACAUACUGGACCUCAAUUCAGAUUCUUGGCUUUUAAAAGGAUGUCUUCUAGUAACGUUGUUUUUUCUGACAUCUUUGUUUCCAAGGUUCUUGGUCGGGUAUAAGAGCCUUGUAUACAUACCAACGGUCUUUCUGCUAAGUUCCAUGUUUUGGAUAUUUGUGACUUGGUUCAUCUUAUUCUUUCCUCAUCUAGCAGGUACCCCUUUUAAUUUUGCUUUCAUUCUCAGCAUAAUAGGCUUCCACUACUUUUUCUAUAAGACUUGGGCAACAGAACCAGGCUUCAUUAAGGCUUCUGAAGAAGAAAGGAAAACGAAUAUCAUCACCCUCGCAGAGACAGGCUGUCUGGACUUCAGAACGUUUUGUACAUCGUGUCUUAUAAGGAAGCCAUUAAGGUCACUCCAUUGCCAUGUGUGCAACUCCUGUGUGGCUCGAUAUGAUCAACACUGCCUGUGGACUGGACGGUGCAUAGGUUUUGGCAACCAUCACUAUUACAUACUCUUUUUAUUUUUCCUUUCCAUCGUGUGUGACUGGAUUAUAUAUGAGUCUUUCAUGUAUUGGUCAAGUCAUUGUGCCACAACAUUCAGAGAAGAUGGACUAUGGACCUACCUCAAUCAGAUUGUGGCUUGUUCCCCUUGGGUUUUAUAUAUCUUCAUGCUAGCAACGUUCCAUUUCUCAUGGUCAACAUUUUUAUUAUUAAAUCAGCUCUUCCAGAUUGCUUUUCUGGGCCUGACCUCCCAUGAGAGAACCAACCUGCUGAAGCAGAGCAGGCAUAUGAAACAGCCGUUGUCCCUCAGGAGGACACCAUACAACCUUGGGUUCACACAGAACCUUGCAGAUUUCUUUCAGUGCGGCUGCUUUGGUUUGGUGAAGCCCUGUGCAAUAGACUGGACGUCACAAUACACCAUGGUCCUUCACCCAGCGAAGGAGAAAGUUCUUCGCUCAGUAUGAAGAAAAGCAACCCAGAGCUCUCACUCUGAUUUGUUUGUUUUUAAGUUCAUGCCCUGUGGUCUGAAAGUGAAGUGAAGAUUUAGAGGUCACCUAAGCCCAGAGGAAAACACAGGUGGUUUUUAAAGUCGUUUGGUGAAAACAUAAGUUCUCGAUAAAGGCACUACACUUUUUUUAGAUUUAGCAAGAUGGACUGUUCCUAAGCAAUCUUGGCAGACAUCUGAACAACUUUUAUAUUUUUCACAAAUGCAACUUACUUUUGGGGGGGGAUAAUAUUCACUAAUUAUGAGUAAAUGUGAUAUUUUCAGAUACUGUAUUGGCUGUUUCAAAUAGUACUAUUCUUUAAACUUGUAAUUUUUGAUAAAUUAUUUGUCUUUGUUUUAUCUAUAAAUAUGUAAAAAAGUAUUUAAAUAGACAUACCUGUUUUGCUUUCACACUUAAUAAAAAAAUUUUUUUGUAGUUGA